AUGCUAGCAGAUUAUAAUAUUUUUGGUGAUUUAUGUGAACGAAUUUCACCUUUUCAUAAUUUUGGUGUUUAUUUAUUACAUGGUCAUACACUUUUUACGCUAACUUUUCUUGUAAUAGCAUUAGCAAUUUUUAUAAUAACGAUUUGCUAUAAUCGUAAUGUACGUCGACAAAGUAAUGUAUUUAGUGGAGAAAUACGUGAAUGUAAACCACAACGCCGUCGUGAAAUGCUUUUUAAUACACUUCUCUUAUCCAUUUGCGCAUAUUUUAUUUCAAUUGUUGGACAAUCAUUUAUUGAAAUAGCCGUUUUUUGGGCAAAAGAUCGUGAAGAUGCAACAGAAUGGGCUCAAUGGUUUCAAUUAGCUCGAAUUGGCGCAUUUGUCGAUCCACUCUUCAAUCCAUUACUGGUAACAUUAAGGAUACCAGCAAUGAAUGCUAAAUUACGAUGGAUUGGACAUUAUAUUACCAAUGUAACAUUAAUAUUUUGUUUUCGUAAAAAAGCCAAGAAGAAAAAAUCAAAAGAAAAACGUAUUUUUGCAUCCGGUACUGGAAUAUCCUUAACAACUCCUCAAACUAUACAUUCCGAUGAUUUCUUUUCCAAGCUGCUAUGUCAUCGAAAUUUGCCAUCGAAAUUUCCAUCAUCAAAUCGUCGCAAUCAUAAUGGUACUACUCUUAUUGAUAAUCGUUUUCACACCAAAGCAAUUAAUUUUAUUCUUCAAGAUCUAUAAAUCAAUUCG